AUGCGUGUACAAAUCAGCACUGUGAGUGAAGGCAACGGGCACGGGACCUGGUCCCUUGAAUUGGAUGUGGACACCGAUAUGCGCGUCGCUGAACUCAAGGUGCUGCUGUCGGGGCAGCACGGGCUGGUGCUGUCCCGGGACACCAAGGUGCUUGGGAAGCGUGCUAGCGGCGUGAUGGUCACGCUGGAUGAUGACGCUAGGGUCAGCAAAGACAUGCUCCUCCGCGGAGUAGCUGUGCCAAAGAGUGCCAAGGUGCCGGAAGCUGCAAUGGUUGCAACACCGGUUCAGAAGUUUUUAGAUCGGAGCGAUGCCAAUCAUCUCCGAGCUUUGCCUUUGCAGUCGCCAAGCCGGGAAUCUGGCUACACCAGGGCUCAGCCGUUGGCCAAAGGACCAGCGACCAAGGCGGCAGCCAAGGCUCAGCCAAUUCAGCCCAAAGAGCAAAGACGGAGUUGGCUUCGAAUAGCUCAGAAUGUUUGGCCUCGCAUUCCUGUGCCUUCCAUGCCCAAAGGUGGCAGCUACCUCGUGGACGCUGGCAAGGCCUUGGCGCAAGUCAUGGGUGCUUUGUCUGAAGAGCCUGUGCAGCAACAGCUUGAUGCAAUUUUCAAGAGCUGUGGCACUGGUGGCACUCAGCUGGAGCCUUCUGCAACAGGAAUCGCCAAUGUCGUCCAGAUGAUAAUGGACGUCAGCAAGCUGGUUGUGCGAUCAUCACGGCCCAGUUUGUGCAAAUUUGGCUUUGGCGAUGGAAGCCUGAAAUCCUUCUCUCACUGUGUUCGAGCAAUGGAGGAGGCAUCGGCAUUGGAAGACAUCAGCAUCAUGCUGGGCUCCUUUCAGUUUGUGGUGUGGAUGGGCCCUGCCACCGACCAGACUGCUCGCCCGCCCCGAAAGCAGCCUGUGAGAGCCAUACCUUCGUCGGUUUUCCUAGCCUUUGCGCACCAUGCGGCCUUGCCACCACUGGAACGGCAGAUGAGCUCAUAUGCACGAACGCUGGCAUUUGUAGACAUGAUGCUGAGGGAGUACGGCAAGGCGGCCGGAGAGGCAUGGUCCAAACCCGAGCCUCUGCGGCCUCCGGUUGUAGUUUGGGUCCUGGGAAACCCAGCUUGUGAGGAUGUGGCCAGAUCGGGGCACUUUGAGGAUGCGGCAGGCUUCUUGAGUGGGGAGGAUCGGCUGAGAAUCUACUUUGGUUCUGAUCUUGGACUACAGUCUGGCAGUCGCGUGAAGUUUCUGACGCAACCCAUCCGGCCGGACUUGGUUCUGUUUCUCAAUACGGAUUUUCAGGGCCUCUCACGCUUGCAGCAGCUGCUGCCGGAUUGUCUCAAGUCCGGCGAGUCCAAGCCACCGGUGCUGGCCUUCAGCUCUCGUAGCGAGCUCGAAGCAGAGACGCUGGCCGCGUUCUUCGAGCGCUUCUCUCAGCCGAUCCUGCGCAAGGUCCGGAACCCCUUCUCCGGCAUGGCAGGGGGGUCGAAGAUGAAGUAUGAUGAGAACGGCUGGGUGACGGCCGUGCAGCAUCUGCCGGAGCAGCUGGAGGCGGAGAUGAAAACCUUUGGCGAAUCCCUGGGCAACACGGCUUUAAAGCAAGAGACAGAUGGAGCAGAGCAGAGCAAGAGGAGCCCUGCUGUUUUCUGGGGUAUUCUUGAUCUGAAGUAUGAUCCAUGCCUGCCUUUGGAGAAGCGUGUCAAGGUUCUGGAAACCGGAGAUGGCAGAAGCUCAAAGUUCUCUGGUUACGGUGCAGCCAUCAAGGAAAGCUUCAGAGCAGACAAAAAGCUUGAGGAGACACUGCAUCGAGCAGUUCUAGUUGAGAACAAGAAGCUGACACACGAUUUCUUUGUCGAAGCUGGUUAUGCACAUUUGAUGCCCAAGCAGCUAUGUUUCAAGCGCUUGUAUCAUGAUAUGCUCGCUUCUAGCAUAAUCCAAGGCUUGCAACUCAGUGACAACGGGCAUCCUGGACGUUCGGGUUGUAGCUGCGUGCUGAAGCUUUGCAAUCGUGCUAGAGGCGCUGGCUGCAUUCCCGUGCAAGCUACAGAUCUGGAUAUUGCUCUCGAGCGCCUGCUGACCAUGCCAGAGAAUGUUGGAGAGUGGUUGCGAGAGCAAGAUGCCGACUUUCCUGUCACAUGCAAAUGGGGAUGCUUUGAGGAGCAAGUUCGUCAUUGGUGGUCCAAUGAAUGUCCAGUCUUCGUAGCAGAGGAGCUUUGCCACUCAGCACCUGUGGAGCAGGAGGGUCGACAGUUUGAUGCCACGAUGCGCGUUGGCUUUUCUUUGCAUCGCGUGGAAGAACCUGCAGUAGAGGAGGAGGAGAGCGAGGAGCUUUCCAGUGGCUUCGAGACUCAGACCGUGGAUCCAUUUGCCGCCGAACCUGACAUAGCUUGGCCUGGGGAGGCACGACCUGGGUCGCUAACUAUCGAAUGGCUGGGGGGAUACUGGAAGCUGCCUGCAGAAGAUACAUCCUGCGAAGACAUUUCAGCACGAAUCAUCAGUAAAGCCCGACAAGGAACUGCGCCUGUGGACAAGCAGCAGCUGCAUGAGGUGUAUGCAUGUCUUGGAGAGUCCGUUCAACAAGUUUUCACCAACGCAAGCUUGUCUCCACAAACUCUGCUGCGCCGCUAUCCAACAAUGAAUGAGCUUGGAGCCUUUAUCGCGGCCAGACUGGCUUGUUCCAUGCGGAUACGUGACGUCAACAAAAGCAACAUGGUGCUGGGUUUGGCACAGCAAGCAAAUGCACGGUGCGAAGGUCCCUGCAGUAAAUGUGUUGCAUCUUACAUUCAUCGGAACUUCGGGGUAUUCGAAUCAUUGAUGGGUCGCUGGAACAAGUCUGCGGAUCACUUCCAGAAGGCCAUUUCAUCGAUGCCUACAAAUGCUACCGCACGCUAUCUUCUUGGCAUGCAAUGCUUGGAAGUCGAACAUUGGACGGCUGCAGUUGCACAUUUUGAGGACAGCUUGCAAUUGGACCCAGACUUCAAGGCACCCUGGGUGAACCUGGGCGUCGCUUUCCUUCGGCUCAGGGAAUGGAAGCAGGUCAUCCGGGCAAGCGAUGCUGGUCUUCACCGCCACCCGAACACUGCGCACUGCUUCUACAACAAAGGCUUGGCGCACUUUUUCAUGGCUUUGGAGGAGGAGCAGGCGCGCUUACGAGCUGUAAAUGUGCUCGCACUCCAAACGCAUUCGAUGUGCAUGGGCGACCGGAGUUUGGAGAUGCCCUGUUGA